CCCGGAGUAUCCGAAGAACUGCCCCCAGGAUUGCGAGCUAGACCCCUGUAUGGAUUGUAAAAAUGUCUGGGUCUCGAAGGUUGGAACUUGUAAUGCUAGCUUUCCAUACCUAGAAAAUCUGUAUUGCAUUUAUAACCAACAAAAAUCGCAGCCUCUUUUGUCAUGCAAAAAGAAAAACGCAGUUUCUCAUGCGGAUUGCCUAUGAGAAAGCGUUUUCGGAAUUUGUCAUGCCGGACUGCAUUCGGAAGUGUUUUCAUCAUGCACAUUUUAGCAACACAAGUUUCCAGACCCAGACAUUUUUGCAUUUGAUACCCUGGGUCCCCGGCGAUUGCUCCGAGACCUGCGGCGACGGGGUGCGGACCUUCACGCGACAGAUUAUUGUGAGGAAAAAUCCCCCCUCCCCAUAUCAAAACGAAGUUUCUGAUGCUGGAUUUGCGUACACAAAUCAGAUUUGUGUUGCUGGAGAGGACUGCAGGCCUAUACGAAGCCUGAGUGGAGAGGUUUUGGGCUAGGCGCUGAGCAUAGCAAACGUCUAGUCUGUAGGGCCAACAGCAUCACAAACCGUUUGCAGAAUGCGGCGGAGCCUGUGGAGUUGCGUUCUUGCAAGACAGAGACGAUUUGUGGUCACAAAUCAGCAUUACAAAUUUUCUGCGAAGUGCCUUUUCGAUAUGGGGUUGGGGAGGGGGCAUUUUUCCUUCUGAUACAGAUCCGGGUCCCCCCGGCCUACGAAGGCGCCGCGUGCGGAAACCUGACCAAGACCGAGCCUUGCAAAGAGAAGGAGUGCCCGGUGCAUUGCGAACUGCAUCAAUGGAGCUCGUGGGGUGCCUGCGAUACCACCUGCGGGCCCUAUGCAUUGCAAAUAUGUCUGGGUCUGGAAGAUUGCAACUCGUCAUGCUAAGUCCGAAGCAUGCAAAAAUUUGUGUUGCAUGAGCGCCAAUAGCUGUCCACUUUCGACCAAGUUCGGAGGGAGUUUCCCAUGCAGGACAGGCAUGACAGAGACCUCGCAGAGUCUGUAAUGCUAGGUCCCGCAUUCCAGACCUCAUGGGUCAUGGAAAAUAUGCAUGACAAGUUGGAUUCUUCCAGACCCAGACAUUUUUGCAGUUGAUAGGCCCGGCGUGCAGACAAGGACGAG